UCUACCGCCCACUUUAAUAGCAAGUCAUAUCGGAGUAGAUCCACAACGGCGCGCGCGCAUUCGAGAGUUUUAUUACCAAUUUUUUUAAAUAAAUUUUUCGUCAAAAUUAUUUUUCUUUAAACUUAGUGAUAUAAUUUGAGGUUCUACUAUUCACUUAAGAGACAGUGUGGUUUUCAAUUUCAGCUGAAACAUUGGAAUUUAAUUGGAUUUCACGUUUUCAAGACGUUUUCAGGGUACAAAAAUGACGCUUUCUACAAGCCGCCAGCAAUUCCUAGCCCACGAAACGCACACAGUCGACGAGGACAUCGAGUAUGACAGAAAAGGAGGAGUCUUCAUCUCCCAUUGCGUAUGCUGUAGUCUAGUCGUCCUGGCUAUAGUUAUUGCCGCUUUGGUCGGAAUUAUAGUAUAUUUUAUUACGUGUCACAAGUUAACACAAAAACCUGAGGAAUAUUGGAAUGAACAACCAGAUUAUCAAGAGUUAGUUGCAUCAGGAGUAAGACUGCCUUCUGAAGUUGUGCCAAGUUUCUACAGAUUAAAAAUUAAAGCAGACCUAGACACACUAAACUUUACUGGUGAUGUCUACAUAACAAUACGGGCAAGUAGAAAAGUGAAAGAAAUUAUUUUACAUUCUAAAUAUCUCAGUAUAGGACCCAAUCCUAAGGUCACUGAACAAAUUUAUGAGAAAGUAGAAACAUUACAUAGAAGAGCAAAAAGAGAUGUGGAGAAAACAAGUACAUCGCCAACAUUGGAAAAUAAACCUGAAACCCAAACUGCAAAUACAACACCACCACCUCCUAGCAUAAGCACAAAAAUGUCUAUAGAUUCUUCAAACACUACUGCAACUAUUGUAAAUAGUACUACAAGUUCUACUACACAAAAUGUUUCUAAUGCUUCUAUGCGCAGCAGCAACACUAGUGUCUUCAUAGAUAAAUUGGCAAAUAUCACUGAAUCUCAAGGAAAUGCUGACAAUAUUAGUAAUCGGCGUGCUAAUUGGGAAACACAAGUGACAACCAGCAGUGUGCGUAACAUUAAGAUUGUCUCCAUUUUGGAAGCUAGUGGUGACAGACUAAUACUAACUCUAGCUUCUGCUUUGAAGCCAAAUGUGGACUACAUAUUAGAGAUGUCUUUUCAAGGAAACAUUUCCAACAGCAUGACAGGAUUCUAUAAGAGUACUUACAAAAAUGAAAAACAGGAAGAAAGAACAAUAGCUGCGACUCAGUUUGAACCUACAUCAGCACGCAGAGCAUUUCCAUGCUUUGAUGAACCUGCAUUUAAAGCCCAGUUUGAAAUCAGUAUUGCUCAUAAACAAAACCUGACUGUACUCUCCAAUAUGAAAGUUUCUACACAGGAAUUAAUAGCUGACCAACCUGGCUGGCAAUGGACACAUUUUGAUCGUUCUGUGAAAAUGUCCACAUACUUAGUUGCAUAUGUUAUGUGCGACUUUGUGUCUAUUGCAACAAGCUAUGUGAGCAAAGAUAAUAUUAUCAAACCAGUGAAAGUAUGGGUAAGGCCUGAAUUACUGCAGAAAGCGCGCUAUGCCUUAACCAUCACUCCUAAACUGUUGGAGUACUAUGAAGAUCUCUUUGGAGUUCCUUAUGCGUUAGAUAAAAUAGACCUGAUUGGUAUACCUGAUUUUUCAAGUGGAGCUAUGGAAAACUGGGGCUUGAUAACUUUUAGAGAGCCAUUCUUCUUAGUGGAUGAGGGCACAAGCACAGUUCGGGAGCGAAUGCAAGUUGGUAUCGCUGCAGCACAUGAGCUGGCACAUCAAUGGUUCGGCAACCUCGUCACAAUGCGCUGGUGGACCGAUCUGUGGCUUAACGAAGGUUUCGCCACUUACAUUGAGUUUGUUGGGUUUGAUCAUGUAGAACCAGGGCUGCAUAUACUAGAACAGUUCACCCGUUACAAAAUGGAUCUUUUAAGACCAGAUUCCUUACGUAGCACUCAAGCAGUGUCUCGCGCGGUCACCGAUGCGGCCGACAUAGCGCAGAAGUUCAACGAACUCUCCUACCAGAAGGGUGCAAACCUUAUUCGUAUGCUGAAUCAUACUAUCUCUGAAACACUGUUCCAGAAAGGCCUUGUGCACUAUUUGAAUGAGUGGAAAUACACAAACGCAGAAGAGAAUGACCUGUGGGAAGCGAUGUCGAACGUGACUAAAACUGAUCCAGAGCUAAAAGAUCGAUCCAUCGUUACUUUUAUGAACUCAUGGACGCGUCAAGCUGGAUAUCCAGUUGUUAACGUUCUUAGAAACUACGAAGCUGGUGAUGCACAAUUUGAACAGCGACUCUUCACAGUCUCAAGCGAGCCAUAUGAGCGUAUGGUUAAACAGAUCUGGCAGCUUCCCAUCAGCUAUACGUCAGUAGGAAUGCCUGGUAAUUGGAGUACUAAACCAAAGCUUUGGUUAACCGAACGAGAAAUUACUGCUAAAAUCGAUGUUGCUUCUGACCAGGCAUUGUACGUCAAUGUUGGCGCUAUAGGCUACUAUCGCGUAAACUAUGAUCAAAAGAACUGGCAAAUGCUUAGUGAAGCUCUUAAAAACGGACAAGUGAAAUCGGCUAUUACUAGAGCUCAAUUAAUCGACGACGCUUUUAAUCUCGCCAAAGCUUCGUUACUUAGCUAUAGUGAAGCUCUUAGUCUUACUACUUACGCUAUUGAGGGAGAGGACUCGAAGGCUGUAUGGGACACGAUUCUGACUAAUAUGGGAUUCUUGAAAACUAACCUUGCGUCUACUGCUGGAUAUACACGAUUCCAGGACUACGUGCGCCUCCUAAUUAGCAAGCAACUGGCGAAAUUAAAGUAUGGUUUAGAGAAACCUCGGGAUGACAACGAAGCCCUACUAGUCGAAGGUCUGGUCUCCUGGGACUGCGAGAUGGAGUCCCCACGCUGCCGCGACUGGGCUACGCAUGAGUUCAACAUCUGGAUGAACACCGGUGGCACUGGCAACCCUAUUCCAGCCCAUCUCCGUCUCAUAGUUUACGAUACGGCACUGAGAUACGGAGGCCGUCGGGAGUUUGAAUUCGUGCUCAGCCGAUUCUAUAAUACGACAGACCCAUCUGGCAAGGAGCGGCUAAUCGCCAGCCUACCCAGCGUGCGUGAUGAGGCUCUUAUUAACACGCUACUAGAGAAAAGUCUAUCAGAAAUCCCAAAACAAUACGCCGGAGCUGUAUGGAGCACAGCCCCCCCAUUCGCGGCACAGGUCGCGCGAAAAUUCCUGCAAAAGAACUUCUACAGAGUGUACAACACCUUUACUGGGAUAGACGAGUUUAUGUUCCGAGCUAUACUCGAUGGGUCCUUUGAUACUGUCAACACGCAGGAGGAUCUAGAUCAGCUACGAGCAUUCGCUCGUCUACACGCGGCGGAACUGAAACCGAUGUCGCAGUCCGUAGCGCGGCUCGUCGACACAGCCGCGCUGCGCGUGCGCUGGUUCAACAACCAUGCAGAGACGAUCAACCAGUGGCUUGAUAACUACCUUACCAACUUCACCAAAUCACCAAAGGACACGACGACGAGCUCGACCCCAUCGCCAACCACCAGUACACGAAUCACCACACCAUCUAAUUCCACCGAUAUCACCACCACCGCUCCACUCGCCGAAAUUACCAUUAGUACUACUUAAAUUUAUUAAUAUUUGAUGAGAUGUUUAACAACAAAAAUACAGGCUGACAACUUAAAUUAGACAUACUGUUUAGUAGUCGACUGUCACAACGAUGCAGUGACCUUUAUAUUUUUCCCAUUUAAGCUAUAACCACAGCGCACAGCGUUGCGAAAUUUAUAGAACUAAUUACCUCGACUAAUAACAAAUCGAAAACGAAACUAGCCCACAUCACAUCCUGUAAUAGUAACAAACGCUAAGUCUUUACACACUAGCAAUAAGGAGUUGUUUUCAAUUAACCCGAUACCUCCUAAAUACGUUAUCCAUAAUAUAAUUAUUGAAAUAAACAACUUUUGAAAUUUCACACACAGUUUUUAGUUCCCAUCAAAAUCAAUUAAUGAUUGAAUUAAGAAACUGAGUAAAAUAUCUGUCGGAACAGAACUUGCUGGUUUCUAUGACAGUGUAUGAAGUGCCAUUUUAUGAGACUUCGAGUAAAUAAAAAAUAAUGUGUAUAUCACUGCAUAGUUAAUUCAACCUAGUUACUCAUGUCUUGUGUGAUGUGGUCUUUAAGCAUAUUAUCACACUGCCUGAUAUAACAUUGAUCUCCUAUCAUCUAGUAGAGUCUAGAUUCGCUCAAGUAAUGAAGAGGUUUAAAUAGGUAAUAGGGUCUAUUUCCAGCAAGAUUGUUUUUACAAUAAUGAUAUGGUAUCUGUGUCCACACCUUCUGCUACUACGUACUAGCAGUCCCGAUUAAGUGGUACCUAAUGAUGAUAUUUAAACGUUAAUUUAAAAAAAUUGUAAAAUGACUAAGUAAAUUACUAUAUAAUUUUUAGUUCACUAUUUAUUACUACAAAUGUUCCCGCGACAGUGGCGCUACGACUGUGCUUUUAAAUAUUGUAUGUAAUCGCGCGGUUGCAGCGCCACUACAGCGCUUCUAAGCGUCUAAUAUGAAGGCGCCCUGAAAAAUUUUUCAUACUCUCUCUGUUUCUAUAACAGUGUAGAGAUGACGUCGAUGGCUGUCAAAGAAUUCUACAAAACCAAACAAAAGUAAAUAAACAACAAUUCAUAAUAAAUAAAUAUUAAAAAAUAUAUCUUUAUUAAUUUAUUAUCUAUUCGGUUGAAUUAAGAGUAAUUUUUUUUUUAUGUUCAAAGUGCAAUAUUUUUUUAUUCCUCAAUCACAAAGCAAAAACCAAUAUCUGCGAAAAACAUUUACGACAA